AUGAUCUUGGUCCUCUUUGAUGUGUCUAAGCUGGACAUCUCAGAUGAGUUCCGUCGUGUGCUGCUUGCUCUGAAAGGGAACGAUCAAAAGAUACACAUCAUUCUGAACAAGGCCGAUCAGGUAACGACGCCGCAGCUGAUGCGCGUCUACGGGGCGCUCAUGUGGUCCUUGGGAAAGGUGAUUGACACCCCAGAAGUUUCCCGUGUUUACAUUGGGUCCUACUGGGAUGGAGCGCUGCGAAACGUAGAGAUGAGAAAUCUUUUCGAGUCCGAAGAGAAUGACCUUUACACUGCCUUAUCACAGAUGCCGCGCGGGGCAGCAACGAGAAAGCUGAAUGAUUUGAUCAAGCGGGCGAGAUUGGCGCGGGUGUUGGCUUUCUUGCUGAACCACCUGAGGAACAAAAUGCCAUCCUUCAUGGGCAAGAGCAAGGAGCAGAAGAAGCUCAUAGACAACCUCACCAACGUUUAUGGGGAAAUCGCGAAGGAGCGCGGCUUGGCAAUGGGCGACUUUCCCGACCCAACCUUGAUGCGGGAGAAGCUGGAGAAGAUGGAUUUUACCAAGUUUCCAAAGCUUGACAAGAAGAAAAUGGACAACUUAGAGGCCAUGAUCCACCAGGAGCUGCCCCAGCUCCUCAAGAUGACAUCAGAGGAGGCCGCUGCAGCUCAGGCUGCGGAGGUGGCGCAGCUAUCGGUUGGCGCUUCACCUUUCGCUGUGAUGAAGGUGGAUGGGCAAAGCGAGCAGAGUGUCUACCAAAAUCAGUGGCUCGUAUUUCCGACUGUUGAGGACUAUGCGCCAGACUUCGAGGCCAUUGGUCCCAAUGCUGCCGGGAAAAUCUCGGGCUCGCAGGCGAAGGUGAAGUUGGAGGAGAGCAAGCUUCCGUCAAAGGUCCUGCAUGCCAUCUGGAACCUUUCCGACGUGGACAAG